CCCGGGUCCCUGGGGAUACCUUUGCCGGGUUCCUUUCAUUCGCUGGUUAAUCUAGCCGAUUCGACCGUACUUGCCACUUGUUGCACACUUGACCAGUGAAUCGAGCACUCUGACUGGGAUCUCCAAUGCAGCGUACGGCAGGUGCAAGCUCACGAACUCAAGGUGAUGUUUCAUCGGGAGACGUAUCGCUCCUGGAAUACCUUAACGUGUCACAGACGACAUGUCUAAACGAAUCAUUUGAACACGGCAUCAAGUCCAUACCUUCCUCGAGAAAAGCAAAUACUUCGGAUGCAUAUCUGCUCAGUGACGCGGACGAGCAGCUUCUUCUGACUAUCUCGUUCAAUCAAACAGUCCGGGUGCGCUCUAUUGUGAUCAAGAGUGCGAACUUGCCACAAGCACCCAAGGAAAUCAAGAUCCUUGUUAAUCGUCAAUCAGUCGGUUUUGAGGACGUCCAGGACGCGAGGGAGCCGGAAGUUGCCCAAGCCCUAGAACUCACGGAAGACCAGGUAAAGGAAGGGAAGCAAAUCCCACUGCGAUUCGUCCGAUUCCAAACGGUCAAUAGCUUGCAUAUCUUCGUUGCUUCGAAUCACGGUGGCGAGGACGAGACUCGUAUCGAUGCUAUCGACAUAUUUGGUGUGCCGGUAGAGACUACCAAGGACCUAAGCGGCCUGAAGAAACAAGAAGAAUAGGGAGGAAACAUGAGAUAUGAGCGAACCGCCUGAAGAUAAGAGAUCUACAUGUAAUGCACCCGCCCGACAUCGCUUCCUUCCUUACGUUAUACCCUGGUAUGUCGUUGCAAAUUGAACACUCGUUUGAGAAGUUCAUAUCCUCGG